UGUCAUCAAUAUUUCUGGAUCCCUGAUAGAUAAUCAAUGAUUGAUAUUGUGACAAUUAACUUGUUUUUUCCUACAGAAAGUCCCUUAACAUGGAGCUCAUUAGCGCCACCGUCUGACCACUGAAAACACUGUUUACAAUGUUUUUUUAUGGUAUUUUACAGUGUUUCCCAUUGUUUAAUCUCAACUGUUUUUACUCUUCUCAUAAUAACAUCAACCUGAAUUUAUUAAUAACAAGUUUUGACCCGUGUUGAGAGACGUUGAUUCCAGGUGUCGUUACUGGAGGUCGUCACAGGUCACAUGUUACCUGUGACGUUAACACGACAAAGACGCAGGUAAGUAUCGAACAAUACCAAACAAAAUAAGAAAGAUAAAACUCGACCUUUUCAGAGUCACUUCACUUCAACAUCUUAACAAAGUUAACAUUUCAAUCAAAAGGUGUCAUGUGAUCCAGGUCUGACUCUUUAAAAAGUCAGCAAAUAAUAAUUCACAUUUCUAACUUAACUUUUUUAAAUCUUAUCUUACAAACAAAGAAAAAAAUCAAGCAUUAAACUGAAACAUAAAGGAUUACAAUACAAAAGCAACACGUUCUUUUUACACUCAGACACAGUUUGAACUCACUCGUGAAAUCAGCAGUUUACUUAUGGAAAGUCUGAAUCGCUGAUUAACGUGAAGUAGCACAAACAGUAACAGCUAAACUAGCGUGAGCUAUUCAGAAAAUAUAUUUAAACAUAACUCAAUGUGAAGGGUUAGAAUACUAAUGUGUUGAAAGAGGAAGUGACCUCACAUUAUACUAAUAUUUAUAUUAAGAAGAAGAAUUCCAUCAUUGGCUUAUUAUUGGUCACAUGAAGGAUAAACAUUAACAUCUGACCUCUGCAGCAGAAAUAUUGCUCCGCUAAAAGGUUCUGUUAGUCAAUAAACCAUAAUAAAUGAUAAAAGCAUGUCCAUAAACACAUAAAACAUAAUGAUCUAUAACAUUUCUAAAUAUAAACUAAAUAGUUAUUUGAGAUAUGAACAUUUAAAAUACUUGAGAUAUGAAAAUCUUUCUCUGCUCCUCUCCGACUCUCUGGAGCCGCCGCACGUUAUGUUUUUCACCACACGUAAUAAAUGUUAUGACAUCAUAACGACCCGAUGAGGUCGAAGACCAGGAUGUAAAAAUCUCUCAUAUUUAGCCUCGACAGUGAUUGUACAACAAAGGCAGCGUUACCAUAGCAACAGACAAACGAUUAUUAUUAAACGUCAAAUUUGCAUCAAACCUCAUGCGCGUGUGACCUGUGAGGACUCCCAGUCGUCAGGGCCGUCUGUGUGUGAUAACCUGGUGUGUGUGUGUCCGUGUGUGUGUCUGUCUGUGUGUGUGUCUGUGUGUUUAGGUGAUGGGGCAUCAUAAUGCUCAGCUGGAUCCUCUGGGAAUCAGCUGUGUGAAUUUUGAUGAUGCUCCGGUGAAUACCGGCUUCCAGGACGUCGAUCCGAGGGCACCAUGUGGCCCAGUUGGACCCUCUCGGGAUCAUGGACGCCGAUCUGGACUCGUAUGUCCCCACUGAUAUUAUCACCUCCUCCGACAAACUGGACUUGGCGGUUUUCAAGGAGAGGCUGAGAGUCCUAACGGUAGGAGGUUUCUACGGUCUGAAUGAGUCUGACCUGGACAAAGUGUUCCGUCUGCCCACCACCACCUUCAUCGGAGCUUCGGAGACUGCCCUCCCCCUGAAGGAGAUCAUCAGCCGCCUGGAGAUGUCGUACUGUCAGCACAUCGGAGUGGAGUUCAUGUUCAUCAACGACCUGGACCAGUGUCAGUGGAUCAGACAGAAGUUUGAGACUCCAGGAGUGAUGCAGUUCACUUUGGAGGAGAAGAGGACGCUGCUCGCCCGCAUGAUCCGCUCCACCAGGUUCGAGGAGUUCCUGCAGAAGAAGUGGUCUGCAGAGAAGCGUUUUGGUCUGGAAGGAUGUGAGUCUCUGAUCCCUGCUCUGAAAACCAUCAUCGAUAAAUCGUCCAACGGAGUGGAGAACAUCAUCAUGGGAAUGCCUCACAGGGGUCGUCUGAAUGUUCUGGCCAACGUGAUCCGUAAAGAGCUGGAACAGAUCUUCUGUCAGUUUGACUCUAAACUGGAAGCAGCUGAUGAGGGCUCUGGAGACGUAAAGUACCACUUGGGCAUGUACCAUCGCCGCAUCAACCGCGUGACCGACAGGAACAUCACUUUGUCUCUGAUGGCUAACCCCUCUCAUCUGGAGGCUGUCGACCCGGUCGUCCAGGGCAAGACCAAGGCUGAGCAGUUCUACUGUGGAGACAACGACGGGAACCGGGUGAUGUCCAUCCUGAUCCACGGAGACGCAGCGUUUGCGGGUCAGGGUAUCGUCUAUGAGACCUUCCAUCUGUCCGACCUGCCGUCGUACACCACGCACGGAACAGUGCACGUUGUUGCCAACAACCAGAUUGGUUUCACCACAGAUCCCCGCAUGGCUCGGUCGUCUCCGUACCCGACCGACGUGGCCCGAGUCGUUAACGCUCCCAUCUUCCACGUCAACGCCGACGACCCAGAGGCCGUCAUUUACGUCUGCAAGGUGGCUGCCGAGUGGAGAGCCACGUUCCACAAGGAUGUGGUGGUCGACCUGGUUUCUUACCGUCGGAUGGGUCACAACGAGAUGGACGAGCCGAUGUUCACUCAGCCGCUGAUGUACAAACAGAUCAAGAAGCAGAAACCUGUUCUGCACAAAUACGCUGAGAAGCUGAUCGCAGAGGGAGCAGUGAGCCGACAGGAGUACGAGGAGGAAAUCGCUAAGUACGAUAAGAUCUGCGAGGAGGCGUACGCUCGCUCCAAAGACGAGAAAAUCCUCCACAUCAAACACUGGCUGGACUCACCAUGGCCCGGUUUUUUCACUCUGGAUGGACAACCCAAGACCUUGAGCUGCCCGUCCACUGGACUGACUGAAGAAAACCUGAACCACAUUGGACAGAUGGCGUCGUCCGUCCCCGUCGAGGACUUCACCAUCCACGGAGGUCUGAGUCGUAUCCUGAAGAGUCGAGGUCAGAUGGUUCAAAACCGGACGGUGGACUGGGCUCUGGGAGAGUACAUGGCGUUCGGAUCGCUGCUGCAGGAGGGGAUCCACAUCCGGCUGUCGGGUCAGGACGUGGAGCGAGGGACGUUCAGCCACCGUCAUCACGUCCUUCACGACCAGAACGUGGACAAGAGGAUCUGCAUUCCCAUGAACCACCUGUCUCCUGACCAGGCGCCGUACACGGUGUGCAACAGCUCGCUGUCGGAGUACGGAGUCCUGGGUUUCGAGUUGGGUUUUGCGAUGGCGAGUCCGAACGCUCUGAUCCUGUGGGAGGCUCAGUUCGGAGAUUUCCACAACACGGCUCAGUGCAUCAUCGACCAGUUCAUCUGUCCUGGUCAGGCCAAGUGGGUGAGGCAGAACGGCAUCGUGCUGCUGCUGCCACACGGCAUGGAGGGCAUGGGUCCAGAACAUUCUUCAGCUCGUCCAGAGAGAUUCCUCCAGAUGUGCAACGAUGACCCAGAUGUCAUGCCCAGCCUGACGGAUGACAUUGCCGUGCGUCAGCUCUACGACUGUAACUGGAUCGUGGUCAACUGUUCAUGUCCUGGAAACUACUUCCACGUCCUCAGACGACAGAUCCUGCUGCCGUUCAGGAAGCCGCUGAUCGUCUUCACUCCCAAGUCUCUGCUGCGCCACCCAGAGGCCAGAUCGAGCUUUGACGAGAUGCUGCCCGGAACUCACUUCCAGAGGUUGAUCCCAGAACGCGGCUCUGCGUCUGAGCGUCCAGAGGAGGUGAAGAGGUUGAUCUUCUGCACGGGGAAGGUUUACUACGAGUUGACCAAAGAGAGGAAGAACCGAGGGAUGGAGGGAGACGUGGCCAUCGCACGUAUAGAGCAGUUGUCUCCUUUCCCGUUCGACCAGGUGAAGGCCGAGUCGGAGCGUUUUGCCAACGCUGAUCUAGUUUGGUGUCAGGAGGAGCACAAGAACCAGGGUUACUAUGACUACGUAAAGCCUCGCAUCAGGACCACCAUCCAGAGAGCGAAGCCUGUCUGGUACGCCGGUAGAGUUCCGGCGGCGUCUCCGGCCACAGGAAACAAAAACACUCACCUGAUGGAGCUGCGGCGUUUCAUGGACACCGCCUUCACCCUGGACGCGUUCAAAGAUCAGCAGUAAAAUCCUGCGACAACUGAAAUCAACCCUCACCUGUCUCCCCUGUCACUUGACUGCAAACCUCUCCUAGACUCUCACACACACACACACACACACACACACACACACAGGACAUACUAUAGACAAAGUUUUAACCGCGUGUACGACUACAAACCUGAAGUAACGCAGCAUCAGUACUGUGUAGUUCACUGAAUGUGUGUGUGUUUCACUUUGAUCAAACAUUGGACAGAAACUGAAAUGUUUAGAUUUGAAUUUGAUUCUGUGUCAAACUUCAAUAUUUUCAGUAAAUCAAAGACAGAGAAACAGCUGAUUUCCAGUUUACUGUAAGAAUCCUCGCAACAGAUCGAUCAGGUUCUAAAUACGUGUAAAUGUCACGUGUGUCAGUGAAGUGGUCGUUAUAAACAUCACGUGUUCAGCUGUCCAUAAACUUUUGGCCACAAUGUUAAAGUUCAUUUAAACUGUUGAAGUGUCUCUGAGAGUGAGGGAUGCACACACACAACUGAACUACACAACUACUGCACACUUUGUGGGCAGUACAUACAUGUGCUCACCGUGUUGCAUGUAUGUACUGAGCAGUUUGUAUGAACAGAUGUUACGUGUCAUAGAGAAACACAAGCGUGUUUAAACUGUUUCCAUGACAACCUGCUCUGAAUAUUGUUUUACUUCAUUUAUUCAGAUCAGUGUUGAUUAUUAUUCAACAAACCAAAGUUGAUGAGUUUUGUGGAGCUGAAAUAAUCUGAUUCAUUCAUGAUCAACUGUUCGAUAAGUUUUCAGAAUAAAAGGUUCAAGACGGAGUAAAGAAAAUCAAAUAGGUGAUGUCAUUGAGGGAAGACGAAGAUGUGAUGGAGCUUCUCGUCUGUUAGACUCACUUCCUCACAGAAAUUUGAUAUCGAUCUGUAAAAUUGAUUUGGGAGCAGGAGGAUGUGAAGUUUGAAUCUAAAACGGGCAGAAUUUUGAAUAAACGAACAUUCAGCUCUAGAACCUGAAUCUGCACAAACGUCUGAGUCCUCGUGUCUGCACGUCGUCGAGCGUCUUUAGCAUCCAGAUGUUGAGAAACUUAGAGAGACGACGAGGAAACGUUAGAUUCGUCUGCUGGAGUCGAGCUUUAAGUCCGAACCCUCAUGAACUUUGACCUCUGAACACACACUCCUCCGUCCACACACACACACACACACACACACAGCAGCAGGUCAACAGCUUUUACAGAAGCUUCAGAAAACAGUGACUCCUCCUGUUUCUAUUUCUCAUCUUCAUCAUCUUCCUCCCACAUCGUUUCUCAUCGAACCCAAAAAUAAUUUUCACCCAAAAUGUUGCAGGAAACUUUUUUGUAUUGUCUCGUUAGCGCCCCCCAUUGAAGCCCGAUGGCAGCGCCGAGCAGGGAGACGAGGACUGGUGAGGGCAGCAGGUGGGGGGGGGUUCUUCUUUGCCUUUCCGCAGGUUUGUUCGCUCGGUAACGAAACUGUAAUUAGUUACCACGGCAACGCUUCACUCGCCCGCUGAGAUUGAGUUGUGUUUGAAGGGCUGCGUGGGGAUCCGCGUCAACAGGAAGUGACCCCAACGCACAGCUGCUGGUCCGAAGGCUGCUUGCUCUUUAUCCCGUGCCAAACUGGGUCACAGCGUCACGUGUUUUUAUUCUGUUUUAUUUUUUGUCGAGCAACUGAAUGAAAUCUUUCACCAGAAAAAAUUGAAUCUAAUGAAAUCGAAUGAAAAGAAUCUGGUUUGAAGCUGAAAUAAAACGACAGCAGGUGAAGUUCGGAGCUUCUGUCGGACAAAGAAAAUGAUUUAUUUAUUUUCAUAACGGGAUUUAAAUUGUCUUCAUUAUUUUGCUUCAUUCAAUAAAGAAUUCUACUGAAA